UUUAGUCGUGUUGUCGCGGCGUACCGUUUUAUAGUGCGGCAUUCUUAUGGGUGUUCCCCAUUUAUUCGUUGACUUCGGCUCGUCAUACUUCGGCUAGUCAGAGUGUUCGAGACACUACGAGACUUGCUCAAAUGUCGUUCGACUGCUGUGGUAACGGCGAAGCCGCCGGCAAGACGUUCGCGAAUGGCCUUGAGAAUGUGUCACGUAUUCCACGAGCAAUCUACGAUAGUUUCCUUCACGAUAUUGGCCAUUUCACGUAUGGGUACUGUUGGUUGUUCCUCGUCGUUGCUGUUCCUCUAUUAAUGGCCUUACGUAUGUUAGGCCGUGUUCACGUCACGCCGCCUAGAGACGUCAGACUUGAAGAGUAGCGCGAUCUUACGGAGCACGCAAGAGACUAUUUUUGUUUUGUUGUUUAAUCACCGGUGUAAAUACAUAAAUGCGGUUUCAGCCAGAUCGAAUAUAACACUGUGACUCGUGAGUGCGGGGUACAUUCCUGCGAUUUCCUUUCGCUGUAUCUCAAUCCUCGACACGAUGUAAACAGUAUGGAAGGAGGAAUGGCGUCGUUCUGAUGGAUUUCUCGUGUCACGGUCCCUCUGAGUAUUAUCGUAUGUGGUUGAUGCGAUUCGGUUUGUCGCGCUCGAUUCUUUCAACAUCGUACUUUACUUGGUUAAUAUUGUACGUGAGUGUGUAGUGCCGAACAGUGUGUGACUAUGGUGUGUCGUCUGCUAAUGUUGCUGACACGAACGUCGCUCGAGAGAAACAACGGCGUCGCGUGGGGGAGGAAUGAAUGAACGUGAAGAGGACGAUCGAGGUGUGGCGGGAGGGGAUGCGACGACCGUCGUGUUGUGACGGCCUGCUGCCUGCUUGCCGAUUUGUAUCGAGCCGGAGCAUCCGUCCGUCAUUGGAGAAAAGCAAUGUGGUUGACCGUUCGAAUGAAAGUCGUUUGAACGGUCGCGAGAGUCCUCCCACGAGGAAGAAUCCCGGCUAGAGGGUGCGAACCGGUACUAGGACAGGGACAGAAAGACGGAAGAGAAGAGGACAGGAACGAAGCGUCGAUUGAUCGCCGUAUGAUAUAAUGGCAGGCGAGGACACUCAGAUCCUGGCGAACGGAAACGUCGAAGCGCUGACGAUAAUUCCACCGAAAAUGGCGAAUGGGAAUGGACUGAUUUGCGGGAAGCAGCACAACAACAACGGCUCGAUACCAAACGGAAAGUUACACGAAAUCGGUGCAGCUGAAAACGGAAAGCUGAUAAUGUCUGACGAGAAAUCGAGCAGUCUUCACACGGAGUUCGACGACGCGGACGUGUCUUGCGGCUGGGGCCCGUGCAGGCCACACUGGCUUCAGUAUUUCGCCACGAAGCAGGCCUUCCUGGUCACCUUCUGCAUCACCUGGGUCCUCCAGGGAAUGUACUACACGUACUUCGUCUCGGUGAUCACGACGAUCGAGAAGCUGUUCCAGAUUCAGUCAAAGACCACCGGUAUUAUAAUGUCAGCGACGGAGAUCGGCCAGAUCGGUUCCUCUCUCCUGCUUACGUACUACGGGGGCCAAGGUCACCGGCCUAAGUGGAUCGCUUGGGGCAUGAUCCUGUUCGCAGUGAGCUCGUUCACCUGCUCGAUGCCCCAUUUCAUCUUCGGUGAACAGCUGAUCCAUCAGAACGAGAUGUUUUUCAGCGGUUUCGAGGGUGGCGACCCAAACAACACCCAUCCUAUUCCCGCGAAUCUUUGCAAACUGCAAGAACGAUCAGAGAACGCUACGCUGGAUAGUUGGAUCUCGUCCACGACGCCGGCUCAAAUGAAUACGAUGAAUUACUGCAAGGGUGACUCGUUGACGGAGCAGAGGAUACAAAGUAAAAUAACUACCGUGGUCCUGGCUAUAUUUUUUGUCUCCUUGUUGGGCGUUGGAAUGGGUCAGACGGCAGUCUACACCCUUGGUAUUCCUUAUAUCGACGACAAUGUGGCCAGCAGAGAAAGCCCACUCUAUUUCGCGAUUACGAUCGGAGUGAGGAUCCUCGGACCAGCCCUAGGCUUCAUUCUAGGCUCAUUGUGCACGAUGAUUUACGCGGAUUUGUCGGCGAAUCCGCAAAUCACGCCGACGGAUCCAAGAUGGGUGGGAGCAUGGUGGCUUGGUUUGGUGCUAAUAUCCGCCAUGCUGAUGCUGGUCAGUAUAGGAAUGUUCGCAUUCCCGACGCGGCUGCCCGCGAGCAGAACACCGCCGAAACGGGCGGAUGCGAAAAAGCCUAGUCUCCGAGACUUCCCUAAAGCGGUGAAGAGGCUGUUGAAGAACGACAUUCUUAUGUUCCGGACGGCCAGCAGCGUGCUGCACAUCCUACCGAUCGCCGGCCUCUACACCUUCCUGCCAAAGUACCUCGAGAGCCAAUUUCGCUUGCCAGCUCAUCAUGCGAACAUGAUCUCAGGUGUCGGUGGUAUUUUAGUAAUGGGUCUGGGUAUUAUAAUUAGCGGAGUGUUUAUCCUGAGGGCAAAGCCUAACGCCAGGUUCGUCGCAGCCUGGAUCGCCUUCACAGCGAUAGUUUACGCGAUCGGCAUGGGCGUGCUGAUGUUCAUCGGUUGCCCGAUGGACGAUUUCGCUGGUCUCGUCUCGCAUUCCAACGGAUUGUCCAGCUUCGAGCCGGUCUGCGAGGCUACCUGCGACUGCGUUCGGAACAAAUUCAGUCCGAUUUGCAGCGCUGAUGGGAAAACUUAUUUUUCCGCGUGUCACGCGGGUUGUUCCAAUUACACAGUCGUCGAUGGCAAGGUAGCUUCGUUUUACAACUGCCAGUGCAUCGGGACGAAUCUAACGGCACCGGAAACGACCAACACCGCGACGAUCGGUUACUGCGAGCUCGAGUGCAGUAACUUUUGGGUUUAUAUGAUCCUGUUCUCGGUGUUCGUUUUCAUCCACUCGACCAGCGAGGUGGGCUCCAUGCUGUUGAUCUUACGGUGCGUGGAUCCACGGGACAAGGCGAUGGCUUUGGGGCUUAUACAAUUCGCCAUCGGCCUCUUUGGUAACGUCCCGUGUCCAAUCGUUUAUGGUGCUGUGGUGGACUCUGCUUGUCUCGUAUGGGAAUACGCUUGCGGCGAGCGAGGUGCCUGCUGGCUUUACGACUCGAAUGUCUUUAGAAUGUUCUAUCAUGGUACCACAGGCGGAAUCCUGAUUCUUGCGUUCGUGGUGGACAUAGUGGUGUGGUACAAGGCAGGGAGCAUUAGCUUCGUGGAAGAGCAGGACGUGGAGGAGGGCACUGUUGAAGAAAUGGCCACCCUGAAGUCGCAGGACGCGCAAGCGGUGGACAACGACUAUUUGUGAAAGAGUCCCGGCCGACUUCGAUGGUAUCUCAUCAAGCACAGGCCUGAAUCUAGCGUCGUAAACCGGGACAAAGCGUGACGAGCCGUUCCUAACUGACGAGAACUCGGUGCCAGUAGCACGUCGGAGGUUUAAGACCGGGGCGAUCUGUAUCGAUCUUCGUGUGUCACAUUCGCCGGCCGUUUUCUAUUUUUUUUUUUUU